ACCCCAAAAAUGCCUAGUAACGGUAGCAAGUGGGUGUCGAACCUGAAAUCUUGUUGUAAAGACAGACGGAACCAGCCGAGCUACCCACUAGGAGCAAUUAUUAGAAGGAUUGGUGUCUACCAAUUGAUGACUAUUUGGUCUAAAUAUAGCAAAAGAUCCCUAUACUAAUAACAUAGUAUCUUAAGCCAAAUUCGAGCAUUCGUUCUUUCCCCAGUUUCAAUGGAGCAUUUCUUCUUCUUUUGUGGCUUCCUCCUCUUCAUCAUCAUGGUAGCCAAAUCUCUGAUGAAAUCCAAGCCUGCAAAACUGCCUCCAGGACCAAGAAAAUUGCCUAUCAUAGGAAACAUUCACCAGCUUCUUGGCUCCCAAUCUCAUCGAAUCCUAGCAGACUUGGCCAAAAAAUAUGGACCUCUGAUGCACCUACAGGUUGGCGAAGUUUCAACCAUAGUUAUAUCUUCUGCCGAGGUUGCAGAAGGGGUUUUAAAGAAACAUGACAUCAUUUUUGCUUCUAGAGCCUUUCUUCUUUCACCAAGAAUACUCUUUUAUGAUUGUACUGAUGUUGGCUUUUGUCCCUAUGGAGAAUACUCGAGACAACUGAGAAAGAUUUGUGCAAUAGAGCUUCUAAGCUCUCAACGUACCCGGACAUUUCGAUCAAUUAGGGAAGCAGAGGCCUUAAACAUGAUCAAAGCAAUCUCAAAAGAAGAGGGAUUGGCUGUUGAUUUUGGUAAAAAGAUUUCAACAAUGACACACAGCGUCAUUGCCUUGGCUGCUUUUGGUAAAAGAAGCAAAUACCAUGACGAUUUCAUGUCGGCAAUGGAGGCUGUUCUAAAGCUUAUGGCAGGUUUCUGCUUACCAGACAUGUACCCUUCUGUCAAAAUUCUUGAAACAAUCACUGGAAAGAGGCAAAAGCUGGAGAGGUUACACAAAAGGGUUGAUCAACUACUGGAAAACAUCCUCAUUAGGCAUAGAGUUAGAAAAGCGGAAUCAGAAUAUGGAAGUGGAGAAGAAAAGGAGGAUCUCGUGGAUGUUCUGCUGAAAGUUCAGAAAUCCGGAGAAUUUGGAAUUCCACUCACUGACGACAAUCUCAAAGCAGUCAUUUUCGAUGUGUUCGGUGGAGGGGGAGAGACAUCGUCAACCACAACUGUAUGGGCAAUGGCUGAAAUGAUCAAGAAUCCAGAAGUCAUGAAAAAAGCACAAGCUGAAGCACGUGCAAUUUACGGCAAAAGAGGAAAUGUUGAUGAAUCGCAACUUCAUGAACUGAAAUACUUGCAUGCGGUAAUCAAAGAAACUCUGAGACUGCACCCUCCUGCUUCACUAAUUCCUCCAAGGGAAUCCGGUGAACAAUGUGAAAUUUUUGGAUAUGAAAUACCCGCUAAAUCUAGAGUCUAUGUUAAUCUUUGGGCAAUUGGUCGAGAUCCCGGUUACUGGACUGAACCUGAGAAGUUCAUUCCAGAGAGGUUUCUUGAUUCUAAAAUUGAUUUUAAGGGGUCAAACUUUAAUUACAUCCCAUUUGGUGCUGGAAGAAGGAUAUGUCCUGGAAUGUCAUUUGCUUUGCCUAUGAUGGAGCUACCACUCGCACAAUCGUUGUUCCACUUUGAUUGGAAACUGCCUGGUAGAUUGGAAAAUGAAGAACUAGACAUGACUGAUAUCUUUGGCUUGACAGUCGGACGAAAACAUGAUCUUAUCUUGGUUCCAACUUCUUACCACUCUUCUUCUAAAUACUAGCAAUAAUGCAAUGCAUGUGCUUUGUAAGUUCGCAUGGAACUUCACUGUGCUUUUAUUGUCCUUCAUUGGUUUUGGCAUGCUUUUGUUAGCAUUAGUUUCUGUAACUUCUCUCUAUGCAUGUACAACAUUUGUUGGCUUCUGUUGAUGCCAUUCAAUGGAAUUUGUCUAGUUUUAUA